ACGCCAGUCUCUUCGACACAGACUCUCGAUGCAACUCCUACUUCAGGAAAGGUUACUGCGACAUGAAACCUCAUCAAGGCUUUAUGUUAAAAAGAUGUAAAUACAGUUGUCGUAAUACAAUACGUAGCGGUAUCAUGUCCCCCGGCCGUGGAAACUUCCAGCGGAACAACCCCCCUGCGCAGCAAGCCCAACAACAUCAAGGGUACUGGAACCAACAACAAGCUGACAACCACCAGCAAUAUGGCCAACAAUACCCGCAACAAUAUGGCCAGCAGUACGCUCAAAAUUAUGGUCAGCAGCAUGAUCAACAGCAGGCUCAGAAUAAUGGUCAGCAGCAGUAUCCUCAGCAAUAUGCGCAACAAAAUGAUGCGCAGCCACAACAGACCGCUGGUCAAGGUCAACAACAACCGCAGGCUCAGCAACAACCGCAGGCUCAGCAACAGACCUCUGAUCAGCAGCAACCGCAGGCUCAGCAACAGACAUCUGAUCAACAACAACCGCAGACUCAGCCACAGGGAACCCAAUCAUUGGCAGAUCUGCCGGUUCAGGUGCAAGCUAUGUCCUCACGGAAACAUAAAUUGGAAAAGAAAGGAAAACAUCAUCACGAUGACAUGGAUGAUGAUGAUGCAGUCAACGAUACUGAUGAUGAUAUGGAUUAA